AUGUUAAAAGAUAUUGUAAAAAUGAACAAUAUCAAGGAAUCAGAGAGCAUACAGAGGUGUAAUACAAGCAUAAGAAAUUUACAAACAGAAAAAAUAAAUAAUUAUAAUAAUAAAGAUAAUGUCUUUAAUAAAAAUGACAAAAAAAAUUAUAACAUGGCACAUAAUGAUCAUGAUGCAAAUUAUUCUAACAUUUCAGAUAAAGAAUUAAUGAAUAAAAAAUAUUCUAAUUUAAAACCUUUAACACAAACAACUAUUAACAAUCAUUCACAUCAAGGAACGGAUAGCAAUAAUAUUUAUGAGGAAUUUUCAAAUUUAAAUAUUGAACAAGGAAAUCAUAAUAUAUCAAAUAAUAACAUCAAAUUUGAAAAACGGGAAGAUAGAGAAAAUAAUUUAUUUAUUUAUGAAAAUGAUGAAAACAAUAUGAAUAAUUUAAUUAAUAAUUAUAAUAAUAAGGAUAGCAAACUAUUAGAAACUGUUAAAGACAGAUCAUCUGAUAAUAUACUAUCAUCUUCUUCUAAUGAUUUAAACCAAAUUCAAGAAUUUAAUAAUUCUAAUCAUUUUUUAUGUUUUCCUCAAAAAUUAUAUGCUAAAGAUGAUGAGAUAAAUGCUGAGUUUGACUCUUUUAAAAUAAGCGGUGUCUCUCUUUUGGAUUAUUUAGAUGAAUGCCCAAAUAAUAAAAAAAAUUUCAACGAUUCUAAUAUAGACCCCAAUAAUAAUAACAAUGAUAACGAUACAAUUAUUAGCUGCCUCAAUGCAAAAAAUUUAAAUAUAAAUAAUUCAAAAGAUGAAUAUAUGAAUGAUUAUGCAUAUGCAUUUCAAAAUUACAAAUAUGGAAAUAACAACGUAGAUAUAGUUAGCGUUGGAAAUAAUAACGCAGAUAUAAUUAGCGUUGGAAAUAACAACAUAUCGUCUUGUGAUAUUGUUAAUAAGGAAGAUAAUCAAAAUUCUCAAAAUGAUAAAAUCACUAACAAUUCCAUAUUUAAUGAAAUGGAAAAAUAUUUGAGAAGCCCUCGAAAUGAAAAUAAUAUAUCUAGUAAAAUGCUCGAGGAAUAUUUAAAUUAUGGUUUCAAUAAUAUUAAAGAACAGAAACAAUCUGAAUUAGAUAAUUAUGUUAACUCGAAUAAAAAAAUGAAUAUUAAUGAAAUAAACAAUAAUAAUAAUGAGAAAAAUGUAAGAGAUUACAUAGAUAACAAUAGUAAUUCUCAUACACUAGAUGAUCAUGUUAAAUCAAACGAAAGUGUCCAUAAAAUAAGAACCGAUAUAAAUAAUAAUUAUGUAAAUUUAAGUGAUAAAGAUAAAAUAUUGUCAUUUUUAGAAAAUGAUGAUACUACCAUAUUAAGUAAUAAUAGUAACAAAAAUAAAGAGAUAGAUAAUAUGUCAAAGGAUAUAAUAAAAGAAAAUAAAGAUAACAAUUUUAAUGAAAUAAAUUGUUCUGAAUUGUCAUUAAAUAACACAAUACAUAAUAAUAUAAAUACAAAAGAUUUUCAAACUAAACAAAAUUUUAUCUAUAAUAAAAAUACAUUAGAUAAUCCAUAUUUUGAUUUUGAUAAUGAAUGUAAUAACUAUUUUAGUAAAGAUGAUAUUGAUAAUAUAAAAAAUAAUAUUGGAAAUUUAUAUUAUAAACGAACUAAUGUAAAAAAUGACAAUGAUAGUAAUAGCGGAACUACUAAUGUUAGUGCAAAUGGUAGUAAUAAUAUUAAUAAAUGUAAUGUUUCUGUGAAACCAAUUUUAUUAGAUAAAAAAAAUAUAGAUGCAGAUGCUAUUGGUUAUGAAAACUUGGGUGAUGAUAUUAUUGAUGACAAUUUUAGCAUUUUUUCGAAUCGUGACAUUUUAAAUUGCGAUGUUGAUUGUCUUGGAAAUAAUAAUGCUACUAUUUCGAAUGGUAUUAACAGCAUUAGUAAUAAUAUUAGCAACGAUAUUAACAACAAUAACAAUCGAAAUCAAAACAAUGUUGCAAACAGCGAUGCUACUAAUUUCAGUGAUACAUGUGAAGGGAAUUACAGAAAAGAUAUUCUUUAUAGUACUCAAAAAUAUAGCAAUAUAAAUGAAAAAAAUUAUAUAAUGAAUUAUAUAGGAGAUACGGGAAAUAAGUCAAAUAUAAACUUGAGUGAUAAUAAUAUGAUAAGUGAACAUGAAAAAAAUGAAUUUUUUAUGAAAUAUAUAAAACAAUUUUUAGAUGAUAGCUAUUUGAAAGACACCCAAAAUAAAAAAAAUAAUAAUAAUAAUAAUAACCAUACCAAUUUUGAACACAUUGAUAAUUCACUUUUAAAAAAUAAAGAUGUAGCAACAUUAAAUGGGACAUCUAUAAAUGGAUAUUUAAAUAGAAAUAUUUAUUCAGAAAAAAAAAAUAUGGUUGAUAUUGUAAAUUGUAAUUGGGGUGGAAGAAAAAUAAAUGAGACACAUCACAGUAGUGGAAAUGAUCUCAAAAAUUUUAUUGAAGAUCAUAGAAAUGAAAUUAUUAACAAUACAAAUGAGGCUACAAAAAUGGAAAGUAUUCGAAAUACGAAAGAGUUUAAUGAAAGCAAUAAUAAUAAUAGUUCUAUAAAUUUGUCUGAUUUUGAUGAUAUAAGUUCAUGCAUGAAAAAAAGAGAUCAAUUUGAUUAUCACAAUAUUCAGGCAACAAUGAAUGAAAUUAUCACAGAUCAAAAUAUUUAUGACAAUCGAAAAGGAAGCAAAAAUAUGGUUAAUGAAAGGAGCACUGGAAAUACAUACACUAAUGGGAAUAAUGUCAAUAAUGGCAAUAAUGGCAAUAAUGGCAAUAAUGGCAAUAAUGGCAAUAAUGGCAAUAAUGGUAAUAAUGGUAAUAAUGGUAAUUCUAGUUAUCAUAAUUCUAACUUUAAAACUUACAACAAUAAUAAUGCAUCUAUGUGUGCAAAUAGAACCAGUGAAGCUAAUAGUUUCAAUAAUAAUAGCCGAAAUUGUAUUAAUAGUAAUAAUAUAAGAGAAAACAAUAUUCCCAACAAAAUAAAUAAUAUUAAUUCAUUUUUAUUAAAUGAUAAUGGAAGAAAAAGCGAACCAUUUGAUGAGGACAAAUAUGAAUACCCAAUAAACAAUGAGGGUUCAGAAAUGUAUGUACAUGAUAAUACAAUGAAAAACAUUAAUAAAUCUGAUGAAAGACGAUACACCGAUAAAUAUAAUAAUAAUAAUAGUAGUAGUAAUAAUAAUCGUGGGAAUAAUAUUAAUUGCAAUCAUACUAUAAAGGAAAAUAUGAAUUGUUUUAACGACAUGAAUGCUGAUAAUAAUAAUAAUAAUUCAAUAAAGAAAACUUUUCCUUUUGUAAAUCCUGUGUUAUUACGAGAUAAUGAAAAUAAAUCUAAUAAUACAAAAAUCGAAUUAGAAAAUACUGAUAUUUUAUUUCAAAAGGAUGAUAUAUUUAAAAGUCAGCUUGAAAAAUAUAAGGACUAUAUUGCAAUGAAAAAAAAUAUUAUGCAAAAUAAAAAUUUAGUCGAAAAUAUGUCAUAUGAAAACGGAAAUAAUAAUAACAUUUCUUUUGGAGAAAAUAAUAUAAUGUUUAAUAAUUUUCAAAAUAUCAACCAAAAUAAUAUGGAUGCAAAUUUGACCACUUAUAACAAUUAUAAUCGAAUAAACAACGGAAAUAUUGUUAUGUCUUCUCUUAACAAUAAUAAUAAUAAUAUAUGCUUUAAUCAAGAAAAAAUUAUUAAAAUGCUUGGCACCGACAAAUUAAAUAACAUUGCAAACAGUCCUGAUAAUAAUGUUUCUACUGUAUCUAGUGGGGCUGCAAAUAUUAACAAUUAUUUUGGAGAUGUCUCAAAUAAAAAUAAUAAGCAAACAUAUUUGAGAAACAUCAUAGAUGAUAAAAUGACACAAUUUCUUAUUAAUAAUAAAAGAGAAAAUACUACGGAAAAAAUUGAAAUUUCUAAUCGCAUGAAUUCUGCAAUAGCUGAUAACAUUUUGAUGUGCAUAUUGCCAAACAAUAACUCAAAUAACAAAAAUUCUGUCAAUAGAUGCAAUAGUAGAAUAAUGGAACGAAACGAUGUAAACAAAAUUAUUGAUAAUAAGGCGGAUCAUAAUAAUUGCUCUAAUGGAAAUACCAAUGAUAUUACCAAUACACAAAUUUUUAAUAAUGAUCGUAAUUAUAAUAAUAUUAAUCGUAAUGGUAAUAAUAGAACUGAUGAUGAAAAUAUUAAUGACAAUUUAAAUAUAAAUGAGGGAAGUGUUCAUUAUAAUAUGAGAAAUUGUAAUUAUCUAAGCGAAAAUGGUAGUAUUAUAUCAAAUAGCCCAAGAUAUAGAAAUUAUAAUAGUGACAAUAACAUGAUGAGAUGGUUGGGUAAAGGGAAUGGUAAUUACAUUGGUACUCGAAAUAAUUUGAACCCAAAUAAUCUUAAUUUGAAUGGAAAUAAUUAUAAUAUUAUUGAGAGAAAUAAAAUCGGAAAUAUAAAAAGAGGUCAAACUGUUAAUAAAAUAAAUACUACAUAUUUAAAAGCCCCAACUGAUUGCAUUCAUAUGCAUGAUAGUAACAAUUUUGACAUUAAAAAUUGCAUGUGCAAGGAUGUGGAAAAUAAUAUAUAUAAUGAGGCAAAACUAAAAAGUAUAUAUAGUUACACUACUACUACUACUACUAGCAAUAAUAAUAAUAAUAGCAACAACAAUAAUAACAAUUACACAUCGUCACUACAUUUUAAUAAUUAUCAAAAUACAAUGAACAUAGAAAAAAAUAAAAAUAAGUAUAACAAUUCUAUAAGAAAUAUAAUGGAAGAAACAAAUAUGAUCAAUAAUAAUGAAUGGCUAAUUAAAGACAAUGCAUCUAAUAAUCGAAAUGGUAUCACUGAUUGUAAUUCUAAUAAUAAUAUAAAUUUAAUAAAUGGAAGUAGCGAAAACAUGAAUCUCAUUUCUCACAACAAUAAUAAUAGUGGUAAUAAUAAUGCUAUUAUUAAUCCUUUAAAAAUAAUAGAUUAUAACCAUUGUGGUAAAAGUACAUCUACUAGAUGCAUAUCUGAUGAAUCUAUAAUUGAUUCACAUAAUAUGCAUCUCAAUUUGAAAUCAUAUGGAAAUUUUUCUAAUUAUAUAUCUAAUUCAAAAAUAAAUGAUAACAAUAAUAAUAACACUAUGAAAUACAAAACAAAUAACUCUGACGAAAAUUGUAUUAAUAAUGCCAUGAUGGAUAUAUAUAAAAAUUAUGAUAAAAUCAAAUUUAAUAUGAAGAAACCCAAUUCCAUAUGCACAAAUGCGAAUAACGGGAAAAAUAUGGAUAAACAACAACCAUCUCCAAGAUAUAAACCCCCAUAUAUUACUAACAACAAUAAUAAUGUCGGACGAGAUAAUAUUAUUAGAAAAGAAAAUAAAGGAAUAAUGAUGCAUGAUGAUAAAGAUAAGUUUUCUAAAGGAGGGAACAAUAGGUAUUUUGGAGAUAAAACAAAUAAUUUCAAUAAUAAGAAUAAUAAUAAUAAUAAUAAUAAUAAUAAUAACAAUAACAAUAAUAAUAAUAACAAUAAUGCUAAAAAUAAUUAUUUAUCUAAAGAUUCAAUGUUAUCAGACAAUUUUCUUGUAAUUAAAAAAUACACAGCAAAAUAUGAAGUACAAAUUGACCCAUUUAACGGUUUUGAUAUAGCCAAAAGAAUAAUAGGAUUAAAAGGAACUAACAUGAAAAAAAUAUGUGUAGGUACUGAUUGUAAAUUAAGAUUAAGAGGUCGAGGGUCUGGAUAUUUAGAAGGAGAAGAAAAAAAAGAAGCAAAUGAAUCACUACAUUUAUGUGUAUCUUGUCAAAAAUAUGAUCAUUAUAUAUUAGCAAAAAAAUUAAUAGAACAAUUAUUAGAAAAAAUAUAUAUGGAUUAUGACACAUGGCUUUAUAACCAUGGAAAAUCAUAUGCAAAUUUAAAGCCAAAGAUUUAUGAAAAAUUUAUCCCGCUUUUUAAAUUUCAGCAAAAUGCGAAUCAACGAUAA